CUGUAUUAUACGGGUUCACACAGUUAAUCAGGUGUGUGUGUGUGUGUGUGUGUGUGUGUGUGUGUGUGUUUUCCAGGUGUGGGGAAAUCCUGCCUCUUAUUACAGUUCACAGAUAAACGCUUCCAGCCCGUGCACGACCUCACCAUCGGUGUAGAAUUUGGAGCGCGGAUGAUCACCAUAGAUGGCAAACAGAUAAAGCUUCAAAUCUGGGACACGGCUGGUCAGGAGUCGUUCCGCUCCAUCACCAGGUCUUACUACAGAGGAGCCGCAGGAGCUCUACUCGUCUAUGACAUCACAAGAAGGGACACCUUUAACCACCUGACCACCUGGUUAGAAGACGCCCGUCAACAUUCCAACUCCAACAUGGUCAUCAUGCUGAUCGGGAAUAAGAGUGACCUGGAGUCAAGGAGAGAGGUGAAGAAGGAGGAGGGAGAGGCCUUCGCAAGGGAACACGGCCUCAUCUUCAUGGAGACUUCAGCCAAGACCGCGUCCAACGUAGAAGAGGCAUUUAUCAACACAGCUAAGGAGAUUUAUGAGAAGAUCCAAGAGGGCGUGUUCGACAUCAACAACGAGGCGAACGGGAUUAAAAUCGGGCCGCAGCACGCUGCCACUAACUCCACGCUGGCUGGAGGACAGGGAGGACAGCAGGCCGGAGGAGGCUGCUGCUGAAUUACCACUUCUACCCCUUUAUUCUACCCCUUACUCCCUCAUCCCCCUUUCCCCUUACUCCCUCCAUCCCUCCCUCUUGUUUCUACUGGACUGUUCGCUCUCACUAAUGUUUUCUUAACCCUCAAAUCCAAAUCGUGUACUAGAUGGCUGUAAACAAAAAAAAUCAGAAAAAAACAAAUCCUCCUCCUGCAGAAGAAGCCCAGGUAGUGAAGUGGUGAGAAGAUGAGGAGCUGGUGGAGCUGGUGGAGCUCUCCGUUCUCAGCCGCAGCAGGUUCCCGAUCGUACGGUUAGCUAGGUCCCGAGCCGCCGACCCCACGCUGGUGAUUAUUAUCUUCAUGUUUGUGGAUUUCUUUUUGUUUUGUGCCCUUUUUUUUGUUGACUUUGAGCUGAAUUGUAUUAAACACUACAAAGUCAUCUCUAGUAUUUUAA